CUGCCCUUGGCACUGCCUGUCCCAGAGGUCGUUGCAUUCAGGCGUUCGCUGGCGACAGCCCUAAACGGAGAGGCUGAGGGGGCCUGAACGGGGCUUCGCAGCAGCUCAGUCGGCUCUGGUCCUGGCGGCGGGCACAGGCGCAGUGAGUGUGAGCGGCGGCCGGCAUGGAUGACGAGGAGGAGACGUACCGGCUGUGGAAGAUUCGCAAGACCAUUAUGCAGCUGUGCCAUGACCGAGGCUACCUGGUGACUCAGGAUGAGCUGGACCAGACACUAGAGGAGUUCAAGGCCCAGUUUGGGGACAAGCCAAGUGAAGGGCGGCCACGGCGCACGGACCUCACAGUGCUGGUGGCCCACAAUGAUGACCCCACUGACCAGAUGUUUGUCUUUUUCCCAGAGGAGCCCAAAGUGGGGAUCAAGACCAUCAAGGUGUACUGCCAGCGCAUGCAGGAGGAAAACAUCACCCGAGCCCUCAUCGUGGUGCAGCAGGGCAUGACACCCUCUGCCAAGCAGUCCCUGGUCGACAUGGCCCCCAAAUACAUCCUGGAACAGUUUCUGCAGCAGGAGCUGCUCAUCAACAUCACGGAGCACGAGCUGGUCCCAGAGCAUGUCGUCAUGACCAAGGAGGAGGUGACGGAGCUGCUGGCCAGAUAUAAACUCCGAGAAAACCAGCUGCCCAGGAUCCAGGCUGGAGACCCCGUGGCACGCUACUUUGGGAUAAAGCGAGGACAGCCCCUGGGAGACAGACAAAUGGACUGUAACCACCUUACCCGGGCAGUUGGCCUGCUGGCCGCUUGCCCUGCUGUGAUCUGCUCAACCCUGGAAACCUACCUGCUGCUUCUUUGGAACCCAGGGCAGGCUGUGUGCUUGCCCUCCUGGGCUGAGGGCCCUUGUGGCCACACAGGGACACUGAGCCCCACCUGGGAUCCUGUGCAAAUGGUUCCUCAAGAGGACAGGAUGCUGAGGGGAGGCCAGUGAGCCAGCCAGCAACCAAGGUAGUCCUAGGUUCUUGCCUGUCCCCCGAGGCACUCCAAGCUGGCUCCCCACAAAUGGGACCUGGGUCCAAGUCUCCGGGUAAGCCCCCACUUCCAGCUUCCCUCCUCCAUGCUCCUCACAGUGGCCCUAUCCCUGACCCGUUGAGGACUCUGAGGUCAGCAGGCAGGGAGAUUAAAAUACCUCUGGAUUUGAGUUGGUAUUGAAGCUGGGUGUUUUUAAAUUAAAGGUGUUUUGAGUAAA